AGGGAGGAUCCGCAGAGAGACGCGUUACGUGCGCAAAAGCUCCUCUUUUGCAUUCAUUUAUUUUCCCUUUGUAUCAAGUUUUUUCCAAUUCCCUCACAUCCUCGUUAAAAGCCCACAAAGGAGCCCAUCGCUGCUUCAGAUCCCUCCCUGCAUUAACCUCCAAAUCAUGCUGUGAAAGAAAAUUCCAGAACAGAGAGAGAGAGUACAGAAAGGAACAGUGCAAAUUGAAUCAGCUGAAAACAGUGAUCAUUAUGGGCUGCAGAGACAGAGAGUUCCUGAACGAUGAGACCUCUUAUUCUUCUUCUCCUUCAUUGAGUGAGGCUUUGAUCUUGGCCACUAUAUGCAUCAUUGGCCUCCCAGUUGACGUGCACGUCAAGGACGGUUCUGUCUAUUCUGGACUCUUCCACACUUCCUCUGUCGAAGACGACUACGGUAUCGUUCUUAAGAAUGCAAGUUUGACUAAAAAGGGAAAAAGUUAUUCGAAUGUAGCAAAUGGUGUGCUCAUAGACACACUGGUAAUCCACUCAAGUGAUCUAGUUCAAGUUGUUGCAAAGGGGGUUCAGCUUUCAGCUGAUGUUGUUGCGAGAAAUAUGGCUGGUGAUCAUACAGAAGCUGUUGUAGGGAUUGUACCUUCUGAGCAUCCAGUGAUGGAGGCAAACAAAACUACGAAGUCUGCCAUACAUAAGAAUAAAAUCAAUCAGACAAGGAGUUCGGUUCGAGCAGAGAAUGGCUUUGGUCAUGGUUUGAUGCCCAAAAUAUCUGGAGGGAAGCAUGAGCGGAGAAAAUCACCAACAAAUCAGAUAGGGGAUGCUUUGGAAAUUGAAGAUGGUAAAAGUGACAGGAUAAGUUCAGCAAAGGUUGAAGAAGCUUCUGGAGAAUCUGAUGGGAGGUCAAACAGUGAACAAGAUAUUUUCAGAGAGAAGAUGGAGUGUCAUAGGGAAGCAAGUGCUGAUGAAGUUCAAGGAUCUACUUCAAGUUGUGAUCCUGCUACUCUACCGGUUAAACCAGACAACCAAUGCUGUAAAAGGCCCUCUUCAGCAGAAACUUCUUCAUCUGAUGCGAUUUCUUCAGGUCUUUCGACUUCUUCCAAACCAAAUGUGGGUGUCACCUCAAAGUCAAAUCUUAGUUCAUUCACAACAUCAACUGAAAUGGUCCCUCAACAAAAUCCAGAAUCUAAUAGAAGUUCUAAGGAAUUUAAGCUCAAUCCAGGAGCAAAAAUUUUCUCUCCGUCCCUUGCAAAUCCCAUAUCAAUGGCUCCAGCAGUGCCAACUGUUGCAAGCAUGACUUACAUACCAAACAACUCUCCUUUGGGGCCUUUUGCUUCUGCUCAACCAGAAACUGAAUUCAGCACAUUUGCAUCUCGUUCAUCCAUGAAUGUCAAGGUUUUCCCGUAUGGUAAUUUGACAGCUGGAAAUGGUGUCAGUGGUUCUCGAUUUUCCCAACCUAUUGUUGGACCUAUGGGAAGCAGGACUCAGCCACUUCGAUAUACUGGACAGUAUGAUCCUGUUCAGGCUAGACCUGCAUAUACACAUCCAACAGCUCAAGCUGUUAUGGUUGGACGAUUGGGUCAGCUUGUCUAUGUCCAUCCAGUUUCUCACGGUGCAGCCGCUAUCUCACCACCAUAUGUGCAUCCUGUCUUGACUCCACAUCAAGUCCAAUUUCAAAAGCAGCAAGGAAGUGCAGUAGGCCAAGCGUUGCAUCUCUCCGGACAGCAACCUUUCGUAAUGCCAAACCACAUCCCACUUGUGCAGUCUACCUUCCCUGCAAACCGCCCAAUUUCAGUCCCAGGAGCUAAUGGCCUCAACGGCACCAAGUUUUCAUGAAUAGGUUUUCGAUUUCAAUCACCUCAACAGGUUUUUUUUUUUGAAUUUUUAUAAUCAUAAAAUUUUGGCCCACAAUUUUGUAUUCGAGAUGAGUCCUCCAGUUUAACAGCACAGAGUUGUAAGUGUUAUCGCUUUGAAGUGAAGGAUCAUAUCCCUUUAAUUUUUAAACAAGGGUUUGUUCAGUAGAACCCAUUUUAUGGAUGAAGAAGGUUUAUUGCCCCAUUAAA